AGAGCUCAAUGCCAGUCGAGGAGAUCAAACACGGAAGAAAUCGAUCGCAAAAGCUGGACGAGACAAAGAAGUUUGUCCAACUGGGAAGUAUCUCUGUGGAAAGCUCUAGAAGAACAACGAUUGGUAUCCUCUCCCGAGAGAGGACACCUUAUGCAACUCUAGAGUUUUGUACGAGGGGCUGCUGCGAGUGAUCGUUGGCGAGCACGUAAAGGAAUGGAGCGUGGAGGACGUUUUACCUCCGAUGAGAAUUCUCAGCACGACAAACUCCGAGAGCUGCGAGAAAUGGCUGCCGGUUUGAGCUGCUCUCGACAUCUCGACGCCAGAGCUGCGCAGCCAGUUUGAAGAUCAGAUGGAGUCUUUCAAGACACUCCUCCAAAAGCAUUGUCUAGCAUCAAAGUCACGAAGAUGGAAAAAGGUGUAAUGAACGGUUGAGAUUUGCUACAUCCACUAUAUGUAAGGCUAGGGUUUUGUGGUUUUUGCAACCGAUGAAGGCCUUGUGCGUGGUGGAGGGCAAUCGCAUCGGCGACCAGAGCUGCUACAAAGAGGCGGACUUCUCCCACGCCAAGCGCAAGCAUCGCGACGGCACCUGGAGCUUCUUCGAUUCCAAGGUAAAAGAGGUGGACGAUGACGGUAAGACGCUGCCUCGAGAGCCUCCUUUUUUGCCUCCUCCACGCACCAGCAAGCCGGUCUUGGUGCUGGAUCUAGAUAACACACUUGUGUCGUGCUUGCUGGAUCACCACGGCUCGGAUCCCGGCGGUAAGGUUUGCUCAUACUUCGUGGCCAAGCGACCCGGAGUGGACGAGUUCUUGCACACCAUGGCCAAGCAUUACGAGAUCGUUCUAUGGACCGGCUCUCGCAAGCGCUAUGCGGACGGGGUUUUGGAGGUUUUGCCCGACGUGUUCUCUCACAGGCUCUACAGGGUGGACAAGAAGCUGGCGAAUUUGGGGAGGGAUUUGCGAAAGGUGGUGAUGGUUGACGACUGCCGGAGAGGGGGCUGCCCUGAGACGGACAAUCUGAUUGUCAUCUCGCACUACGUCCAUGAUGGUCGCCAUGAAGCGUGUAGCAAGCUCAAGGAGGUGGGCGAGCUUCUCGUCAAGAUGGCUUUGGUGGAGGAUGUGAGGGAUGAGAUGAGGAAACUGAGGGAGAGCAGGGUGCUGCAGAAGAUUGCUGCUUGCCCUCACGCUUGCAAGGUACGCGGCUAAGUGCACCGUUAAAACUAUAUAAUAAACAAAAGUCUAUUCUGUUUU